UAAAUAGUUGACAGAGACACGUGUUGACCAUCAUGGCGUCUGAACACAGAGAGAGGCCCAUCGGAGAGCAGCCGUCGCUGCUUGAAAGUGUGCUGAGAAACUGCUUCCCUGCCCUCCAGUCUCUCGCUAGCUCUCGUGGGGAGGUGGCACGUCUAAAGAAGACCGUGCAAAUAGUGCCCCCCCACACACGGAGGUUCACCUGCCAGGUCGUGUUGGGGGAGCGCCAUUUCCCCCUCAUGAGCGCUGGUUCGAGAACGGAGGCCAGGGAGGAGGCCAUUCAAGCAGCCACAUCUGUUCUCCUGGGUGAGGAGGAGCUGCAGAGGAGAGAGGAGGAGAGGCUGUCCUCUCAGCCGUCCUGCAGCUCCUCUUCACAGAAGCUCGUUAAGACGGAGGUGAAAGAGGAGGAUAAAAAAUAAACCCUACUCACGUUUAUAUUUAAUAAAUAUAUAUAUAUUGCACUUUGUGUUUCUGAUCUUUCUUUAAAUACUUUGUGCUGAAGGAAACCAUUGUACUGUUUCUACUGUUUAGCCCAGAGACAUCCAGGUAUGUGUCCGAGCAGGGGAUACACUUAUUAAAGAGAAAAAAAAACAAGUAAAGACCUAA